AUGGAUGACAAUCUCAAAAGCGGAGAUGAAAUUUCACUUGCACUUCUCAAAGCCAUUGAAGAGUCGAAGAUUUCAAUAAUUGUAUUCUCUAAAAAUUAUGCAUCAUCCAGAUGGUGCUUGGAGGAGCUAGUGAAGAUCCUCGAGUGUAGAAAAACAAAGGGGCAAAAUGUUUUACCAUUGUUUUACAACCUAAAUCCGUCGAUAAUACGGAAUCAAACCAAUACUAUUGGAGAAGCACUCACCAAACAUAAAGAAAGGAAUGAAGCUGAAUUUAUUAAGUCAAUCAUUGAAUGGGUGAAUUCGGUAUUAGUGAAAAAGACUUACUUCCAAGUUGCCAAGUAUCCAAUUGGAAUAGACUCUCGCGUACAAGAUAUGAAGAGGCUUUUAGAUAUAGAAAAGAAUGACAUUACAUGUAUGGCAGGGAUCUUCGGAACUGGUGGAAUUGGUAAGACAACUCUCACCAAAGCCAUCUACAACUCGAUUGCCUCUCAAUUUGAAGGUUGUUGCUUUCUUGAAAAUAUUAGAGAAACUUUCAGCCAAAUGGACGGUUUGAUGAUUUUGCAAAAUAAACUUCUUUCUAAUAUCCUAGGAGACUCAAGUCCAGUGGUUGACAAUGUUGAUCGAGGAAUUAUUUUGAUACAGGAUAGGCUUCGUAGUUUGAGGGUACUUCUAGUUCUUGAUGAUGUGGAUCAAUUGGACCAAUUAGAAAAGCUAGUCGGAAAAGAUGAUUGGUUUGGCUUAGGAAGUAGAAUCAUCAUAACAACAAGAAAUAAACGUUUACUUAGUGCACAUGGAGUUUAUUCCACAUACCAGAUGAAUGGGUUAAAUCACGAUGAAGCUCUUAAGCUCUUUAGUUGGAAUGCCUUCAAAAUUAAUGACAAACCUAACGACGAUUUUGUGGAGCUCAUAAAUGAUGUAGUACAUUAUGCUGGAGGAUUGCCAUUAGCUUUAACAAUGAUAGGCUCAGCUCUAAAAGGAGGGAGUGUAGAAUAUGUCACAGAAAUGCUCGAUGGUCGUGGUUUUCACUCAUAUAGUGGCAUCGAAGAGCUAAAGGACAAGUGUCUUAUAACUUUGUCUCGCUAUGGAUUAUUGGAGAUGCAUGACUUGCUGCAAGAAAUGGGAAGAGAAAUUGUUCGACAAGAAUCACCCAAAGAACCUGGUCAGCGCAGUAGAUUGUGGUUUCAUGAAGAUGUUCGACAUGUCCUAGAAGAAAAUACUGGAACAAACGAAGUUGAGGGCAUAUUGGUAAAUUUGCCUAAUCGAGACCCGAUACACUUGAGUCUCAAAGCUUUCAAAAAGAUGAAGAGUCUCAAAAUGUUUAUAAACAAUAAUGCAUGCUUUUCUGGAGAGCCUAAUUUUCUUUCUAAUGAGUUAAGAGUGUUUGAUUGGCUUACAUAUCCUGGAGAAUAUUUUCCAUCCAAUUUUUGUGGAAAGAAACUUGCUAUUCUAAGAAUGCCAUUUAGUCGUCUCAAGGAAUUGAAGGGAGUCCAGAAUUCCCAAAACCUGACCAUUUUGGAUUUUAAUGGUUGUGAAUUCCUAAAAGAAAUCCAUGAUGUUUCAAGGAUUCCAAAUUUACAGAAAUUAGAUCUUGCUUGUUGCGGAAAUUUAGUUAAGAUUGAUCAUUCUGUGGGAUUCCUUGAUAAGCUUGUUUGUUUGAAUCUUUUUUGUUGCUCUAAUCUUAUGGAUUUCCCAAGAAGCCUCAAGUUGAGAUCUCUCAAAUCACUUUGCCUUUGGGGUUGCUUAAGUCUUAAGAACUUUUCUAAAAUAGAGUGUCAAAUGGAAUAUUUAGAGAAAAUCAACUUUACAUAUAUGGGUGCAGAGGAAUUGCCUUCAUCUAUUGGGUGCCUCGUUGGGCUUAAAGAAUUAUAUCUAGGUGGCUGCACAAACCUAAUGGAUCUUUCAGAUGAAAUUUAUCAAUUGCAACAUUUAGAGUGUCUUUCUCUCCGAGGUUGUUCAAAAGUCGUUGAGUUUCUAAAGAAGGUGGAGGAUAAUGGACAAUCCAUGCCCUCUAUUGUAUAUACAAAGGAAUCUGAAAUUUCAUCAGAGGACGAAUUACACCAAUUGUCAUCUCCGACGAAUACAAGCGAUUCUGAUGAUGGUUGUUCCUGGAUAACAUUUUCGAAACUUCCAGAGUUGGAACAUAGUAAUUAUGCUCCAUUAGAAUCAAAUUUCUUGAAGACAUUUGCUUGCUGCUCUACAUUGACCAUUUUAAAUCUAUCUAAGAGCGAUAUUGUUGCCCUUCCUUCAUGCAUCAGAAAAUUUGUUGGAUUGAAGAAACUUUACAUGGAAGAUUGCAAGCAACUUCAACAAAUUCAAUUUCUUCCACCAAAUGUAGAAGAAGUGCAUGCUAUGGGGUGCUUGUCAUUGGAAAUAUUUUUUGAAGAACCUGAACUUGUGGGGAAACGAACGGUGUUUGCGGCAUUGCAAUUAUUGAGUCUUCGAAAUAGUGUUCAAACAGAAUCAUAUUACCCUAUCAGUUUGAGAGUUCUAGAUCUAUCAAGUAGUUCUUUCUUGAGUUUGAGAGUUCUAGAUCUAUCAAGUAGUCCUAUUGUUACCCUUCCUUCAUGCAUCAGAAAAUUUGUUGGAUUGUUUAGGCUGUACUUGGACGACUGCAAGCAACUUCAAGAUAUUCGAGCUCUUCCACCGUAUGUAUGGCAGGACUCUGUUGUGAUGAAGUUUCGACUGCAACAGAGACUUGAGAUUGAGUUGAUGUUGGACUCUGCUGUUGUGAUUGUGUUGAUGAUGGACUCUGCUGCUGUGAUAAUUCACUAUCGUUAUAUACAUCUUAUAAGUUAUAAUGCAUAA